AGCCCCCAUUUAAAUGCAUGUGCUUUCAGAAUAAUUAUCAGUUCCUCAAUCUCCAUGUGAAGCAGCAGCAGGACGGAGCUGGAACCUGCAGGGAAGGUGGCAGUGCAGGCAAUCCUGAGGACACCAGCAACUGCCUUUCAGCUCUCACAUUUAUAAAUAAUUUAUUUCCAGCCACCUGUGCCCAGAAUAACAAUUUUCUGCCUGAAAUCUCCAAGCUGGUGCUGGGAGGACGUCAGGGGCUCGCUUUCCCGGGACCGCCUGGACCUGUUGGGAAGGGGUCCGGGUCUCCAGAGGGGCAGCUCUGAAGGGAUGUGCCCCUAGCGGGAAGAGGCACGAGGAACAAACACGGAGCAUCCGUUCAGCUGAUCGCAUUAGGGCUUCUCGCUGCUGCUGCUGCCACUCAGCUCUCUGCCGAUGCAGCCAUCCGUGCGUUUGGACAAACACCCAGGCAGGGGGAAUGGGUAGGUCUGGAAACGUCGGCAGCUGCAGAAGGCUGCAGAGCUCUGCCGUGAAGCUGCCUUAGAGGAGAGGCUGCUUCCCCGGGCAGGGCAGCGUUAUGAAACACGAGCGCUCUGGCUGUGCCUGAGGAUUUUGGCAGCGCGGCGCGGACGCUGCUCCCAUCCUGCCUGGUGGCGCAGGAGGCCAUGGAGCGGCUCCCUCCGGCCGGCCCCCGCAGGGCGCAGCACCCCGGCGCCCCGGCCCGCUGAGCCGCAGGGUGCCCCGAGAGCCGCAGGAGCCCCGAGAGCCGCAGGAGCCCCGGAGGGACGCGGCGGCCGCGGUGAGCAGUGAGCGGGGCGCGGUGAGCGGUGAGGGGAGCGGGGCUUGGAGCGCGGAGCGGUGAGCGGUUUCAGCAUCGGCUGUUCGGCAGCUCGGCAGGGCACGAUGAAGGCAUCAGCCCAGGAGCCCACGGAGCCCCUGGGCCAGCUGGGCGCCUGAGGCUGGCAGCAGUGCCACACCAGCCUGGUCUCUGCUGCAGCCAGCUGGGAGAAGCUUUUCAUCAGGAGCAGGCACCGAAGUGAUGGGCUGAACUUAUGGGAGGAAUGAGUGUCUGGCCAGGCGAAGAUUUGGAGGCCUGUUGGGAAGCGUGAAGGGCCAGUUUCAGUAAGGGCAUGGCCAAAGCUUUCUUCAGGCUACAGAAGUUUCUCCGUCGGAUCCAGUUUCUGCUCUUCUUCCUCACAGCAGCUUACCUGAUGGCUGGCAGCCUCUUGCUACUGCAGCGGACCCGCUUGGUUCUCCAGCAAGGUUCGCGUGGGACCCCCAGUAACCAGGCCCUGCCGGUGCCCGAGGAGGUGAGCAGGGUGGGGGUCACCGAGCCCAGGAGCCUGCAGAGCCCCCGGCCCGGCCCCAGGCUGCUGGUGGGCAUGGAUGCGCUGCAGGAGCCGGCCCUGCACCAGCAGCAUGGCCCGCACUGGCUCACCUCCCGCAACUCGGAGCUCAGGCAGCUGAGGAGAAGGUGGUUCCACAGGCUCAGCAGCGACCAGGAGCCCCUGCAGACAGCAGGAUUUAAAGCAACGAAGCGCACUGCUGAGCACAAAGGCACCUACAUGGGCUGCUUCACUCAUGAUUCGAGGGAGAGGACUCUGAAGGGAGCUGUCUUUUAUGACUUAAGAAAAAUGACAGUAGCUCACUGUCAGGAAGCUUGUGCUGAGAGGGCUUACAGCUACGCGGGCCUGGCCUCCGGAGCAGAGUGCUACUGCGGGAACUCGCUGCCGGCCGCGGCCGCCCAGCCCCAGGAGUGCAACAGCGAGUGCAGGGGGCAGAGGGGCUCCGUGUGCGGGGGGCUGCACCGGCUCUCGGUCUACAGCCUGGAGCAGCUGCGGGCAGCAGCCAGGACACGGAGGAAUGUUAUCUAUCGAGGAUGUUUUAGAGCUCCAGAAAAUUUAACAGACACCUUUCCAGCCUCUUUGAUACAGCCCAAUUUGACGGUGGAGAUGUGCUCUGAAUUUUGCUCCAAGAAAGAGUUCCCGUUGGCAGUGAUCCGAGGGCAGGAGUGCUACUGUGGGUACCCCACCAGGCGCUUCCCGCUGCGCGAGGGCAUGGACGGGCGGCACUGCAGCAGGAGCCGCAACGACAGCAGCGCUGCUGGGGGAGAGUACUGCCUGGUCUAUCAGACACCUGUGCAAGACACCCGCUGCACGGACAGGAAAUUCUUAACCACCAAAUCCAAAGUGUUUGUUGCUUUGUCGAGCUUUCCUGGGGCUGGGAAUACGUGGGCACGCCAUCUGAUAGAGCACGCCACAGGAUACUACACAGGAAGUUAUUACUUUGAUGGAGCCCUCUACAACAAAGGUUUUAAAGGAGAAAAAGACCACUGGAGAAGUAGAAGGACCAUCUGUGUGAAGACACAUGAAAGUGGCAAGACAGAGAUUGAAAUGUUUGACUCGGCGAUCCUGUUGAUAAGGAACCCGUACAAAUCACUGAUGGCAGAGUUCAACAGAAAAUACGCUGGGCACCUGGGCUAUGCCACUGACCGCAACUGGAAGAGCAAAGAGUGGCCGGAUUUUGUGAACAGCUAUGCCUCCUGGUGGGCCUCCCAUGUCCUGGAGUGGCUGAAGUAUGGGAAGCGCCUGCUCGUUGUCCAUUAUGAGGACCUGAAGCAGAGCCUCAUCCCCAAGCUGAAGGAGAUGGUGGAGUUUCUGAACGUGACAGUGACAGAGGACCGGCUGCUCUGUGUGGAGAACAACAGGGACGGGAAUUUCAAGCGGUCUGGUGCUAAGCAAAAGAAUUUUGAGCCAUUCACCCAGGAAAUGAAAGAUCUUAUCAACAGAUACAUCCUGACAGUGGAUGAAGCCCUAAGGGGAAGAAACUUCUCAGGGCUGCCCAGAGAGUAUGUGCCAAGAUGAUAGGCUGGUAUCACACUGCUGUGGUUAAAAAGGAAGUUGUUGUUUUUUUUCCUUAAAAAAAAAAAAAAAAAAAACACACAAAAAAAAAAAAAACCACAAACAAACAAGAAGAAAAGAAAAAAAAAAGAAAAAAAAGAAAAAAAAAGAAAAAAAAAGAAAAAAAAGAAGACCAGAUCUCUUUAGUAGUUAUGGCAAAGAUAUUUGUGGAGGCUGCUGAGAAGUGCAGCACUUGGGAAUGCUGGGUUUUGUCAGCCCCAACAGCGCCAAACCUGUCUCCAGGGGCAUGGAGGAGACCCCAGAGGGGUGGCAGAGAAGGGAGUGCCACCUGUGCUAGGGGCUUGACACAGGUUUCUGCACCUCCAUCUCUUCAUCUGGAGAGUCAUGGUGGGUCUGGGGGGACACCAGGGCCAAAUGUCACCACAGCUCUUGGUUCUAGAAAUGGUCAGCUGGGAAGACCUGGAGAAUAGGGGCAAAGGAGGUGAACCCCAGUCUUUCUGGCCCCAGCAGGGGUAGGAUCACACCUCCUACCUCAUCCCUGAACAUGUGGAGGAAUUCCAAGGCAGUCCAACCUGGAAAACCACAGCUACUUAGAGCUGCCCUCUGGAGCCCCCUCCAGCAGCCAUGCAGGUUUGAUUUUUAACUCCUGCAGUCACCUUGGGUGUGUUUGACCCUGCAGGGGGCCUGUGUGCAGUGGGGAGAGAACAGGGGCACCCAGGGCUGGCAGGGCAUCUGGCCCCAUGAUCCUGGGCCACUGGGCAGCUUGGAGGUGGUUAAUCCCAGUGGCCAAAGGGGCUGCCCUGCUGCAAGAUGCUUCUGUUCACGUGAAGUAAAGGAUUUCUUAAAAAUUUGAGUGAAAAUACUAAUUUUAAUAAAACAAGUUUAUAUAAAGGGA